GUAUUCCUGACCAAAAUACCAAAUGACCUCUUCUGCUAGCUCAUCCGCCCUGCAAAUAUAGCUGUACAUUUAUCAAUAACACAAAACCCAACAAAUAAUUGAUACCCUCUUUUCUCUUCUAUUAUUCCCAAACUCAAAAUCCCAGCUGAGAAUUGCUGAGGAGUUUGAAUUUGGAUUUCUUGGAGAGUGAUUCGAGUUUCUGGGAUUGAAUUUGGGGAGCUCUGUGAUUAGUUGAGGUUGGCAUUGUAGAAUUGAUGUGAGUUGAAGCUUGAAUUAUUGAGAGUUGUGGUGUGUAGUGGGUGCAUUUUGGGUUGGGAAGUGUGUGGCUGUAGCUUGGAGUCUUGAAUAUGUACCGGACUGUGGCUACAGCUACUACUUCAACCCGGGGUGGAUCUCCGACCGAUAGUGGGGAUUAUGUGGUUAGUUUGGAUCAAGUGCCGCGGUGGAGCAAUUCAGAGCACCGGUCCUCUUUGGAAUAUGACAAUGAAGAUCCCACUUUUUCAAAUUCUUACUUCCCUGAUCCUUUAACUUCUCAGCCCGGGGCUGAAAAUGGUCUCAAUGCGAUAGCUUCAAGGUUUCCAGUUGAUCAUGAGAUUAAUUCGAAGAUAUAUUUGUGGAGGGGAAACCCUUGGAAUCUCGAAGUUGAUGCUGUAGUAAACUCUACAAAUGAGAACAUGGAUGAAGCACACUGCAGCCCUGGCUUGCAUGCUGCAGCUGGACCUGGUCUUGCAGAAGAAUGUGCAGCAUUGGGUGGGUGCCGAACAGGGAUGGCAAAGGUUACUAAAGCAUAUGACCUUCCAGCUAGGAGGGUUAUCCAUACUGUUGGUCCCAAGUAUGCUGUGAAAUACCAUACUGCUGCAGAAAAUGCUCUGAGCCACUGCUACCGUUCUUGUCUUGAACUUCUCAUUGAAAAUGGGUUGCAAAGCAUUGCAAUGGGCUGUAUAUAUACAGAGGCUAAGAACUAUCCGCGUGAGCCAGCUGCCCAUGUUGCUAUAAGGACUGUGCGACGGUUUCUCGAGAAACAGAAGGAUAAAAUCGCAGCUGUUGUCUUUUGUACUACCACAUCAACUGAUACAGAAAUUUACAAAAGAUUGCUUCCGCUUUACUUUCCUCGAGAUAGACUUGAGGAGGAGGUUGCCAUGUCAAAACUUCCUGCAGAUGUAGGCGAUGAAAAUGGUGAGACAAUUAUAGAUGAACGCAAAAUCAGGAUAAAGCCUUUGCCCAAAAAGGCUAUUCCAAAGCCUCCAAGAGCUCCGGUUGACCUCCCUGUUAGUGAUGUAGGCUUGGUACGGAGGAACUCAUCACACUUAGAUUCAUUUCUGGAUCCGGCCUUUAUGUCUUUAAUAAAAGAUCCAGACCAGAGACGCAGGGAACAAUGGGAAAAAACUGCUCAAGCACAAGGUGGAUGGAAUUGUGCUAAAAUGCUUGGGUUUGGUGAUCUCGGCGGACCUCCAUUGUCUGCUGCAGAAGAAUACUCGCUUCAUUCAAGAUACCUGGCUAAAGCAAACUCUCUCAAUCUUUCGGAAAUUGCAGAAAUGAAAAUUGUCUACCGAGGUGGAGUUGACAGUGAGGGUCGUCCUGUAAUGGUAGUUGUGGGGGCGCAUUUUCUGUUGCGGUGUCUUGAUCUAGAACGAUUUGUGCAUUAUGUUGUCAAGGAGUUUGAGCCCAUAAUACAGAAGCCUUAUACUAUCGUGUACUUCCACUCUGCAGCAUCUCUACAGCUUCAGCCAGACUUGGGGUGGAUGAGAAGAGUACAACAAAUACUUGGUCGUAAACACCAACGUAAUCUGCAUGCGAUAUAUGUUCUUCACCCUACAUUUGGACUUAAGGCGGCUGUAUUUGCUAUGCAAUUGUUUGUGGAUAGUGUGGUCUGGAAGAAAGUGGUAUAUGUGGAUAGGUUACUGCAGCUCUUCAGAUAUGUUCCUCGUGAGCAGUUGACCAUCCCUGACUUUGUGUUCCAGCACGAUUUGGAAGUGAAUGGUGGCAAGGGUCUUAUUGUUGAUCCAAGAACGAAGUAUGUGUAUCAUCGUCCAUAGUACCACAAAUACAGUUCCAUUGGGCAACAAAGGAAGUCGAUGGAUUAUGAUUUCUUGAUUUUAUUCUCUUCUAUUGUAUUAUAUAGGUAAUGGACGAGAGUUAAAUUUGUCUGUUGCUUGUGUAGAAAAGCUGUAAUUCUUUUGUUUUUUUUUCACUCAUUUUGAAUCAGCAAAUGAUCUGUCUAAGAUGAAACUUGUAAUAUUCUUUUUUGUACCAUCUUUGGAUGAGUUAUCAAUAAAGUGCAAGUGGGUUUGAGCUUUUGUGAGACC